GACUGAUCAUAAUCGUAUAUAUUAGGCGUAGGCAUUGCUACAAUCACUAGCCUAUCAAGCAUCUUCAAUUGCAACCUAUGGCGUCUGCUGCAGUGUUGGGCCUGGUCGCUCUGGUCGUGGUGGUCGCAACCUGGCUGUGGACAGCGGUGAUGCACCACCUGUUGUGGCGUCCCUACGCCGUCGCGAAGUCCUUCCGCCGGCAGGGCAUCCGCGGGCCGGCGUACCGGUUCUUCGUCGGCAACAACGAGGAGUCCAAGGCCAUGCGUGUAGCGACGGCCAACGACGUCCUGAACAUCCGUUCUCACGACAUCAUCCCGCGCGUGCUGCCGCAGUACCAGGCCUGGACGGCGUCGUACGGCAAGGUGUUCCUGUCGUGGACGGGGUACACGCCGGCGCUCUGCGUCGGCGACUACGACAUGGUGAAGCAGAUCCUGUCCAACAAGUCUGGCCUGUACAACAAGCCGGACCCGGGGCCGAACAUCCUGGCCCUGCUGGGCAAAGGCCUCGUCUUCGCCGACGGCGACCUCUGGACGCGCCACCGUCACGUCGUGCACCCAGCCUUCACCAUGGACAAGCUCAAGAGGAUGGCCACGACGAUGGCGGAGUGUGCUGGGGAGGUUGUCGGCGCCUGGGAGGCGCGCGCGGCUGCAGGUAGCGGUGGUGUCGCGCGGGUGGAGAACAUCGGGCAGCAGUUCGUGGAGCUGACCGCCGACGUGAUCUCGCACACGGCGUUCGGGAGCAGCUACAGGGAGGGAAAGGAGGUGUUCGUGGCGCAACGGGAGCUGCAGUACAUCGCAUUCACCAGCAUCAACAAGGUCCGCGUCCCGAGCCUCCAGUACCUCCCCACCAAGACCAACGUGCGGCGCUGGCAGCUGACAAAAAAGGUGCGCGGCACUCUAAUGGCGAUCAUCCGCGACCGGCAGGCCGCUGCCAAGGACGCCAGGGGAUACGGAAAUGACCUUCUCGGCCUGAUGCUCGAGGCCAACGCGUCGGCUGACGCCGGCGAGCAGAGGGCGGCCAUGAGCUUGGACGAGAUCAUCGACGAGUGCAAGACUUUCUUCUUCGCGGGGCACGACACCACCUCUCACCUCCUCACCUGGGCCGUCUUCCUCCUCGGCACGCACCCCGAGUGGCAGCAGAAGCUCAGGGAGGAGGUCCUCCGGGAGUGCGGCGGCACGAAGGCGCCCAUACAUGGCGACGCCCUCAACAAGCUCAAAAUCGCGACGAUGGUGCUGUACGAGACGUUGAGGCUGUACGGCGCGGUGACCAUAAUAGCGAGGAAGGCGGCGGCAGACACAGAGCUCGGCGGCGUGAAGAUCCCCAAGGGCACCAUGACAAUGAUACCGAUUGCGAUGAUGCACCGCGACGAGGAGGUGUGGGGCGCGGACGCCGGCAAGUUCAACCCAGACCGGUUCCGGAACGGCGUGGGUAGGGCGGCCAAGCACCCGAGCGCGAUGCUGGGCUUCUCCGUCGGUCCGCGGUCGUGCAUCGGCCAGGACUUCGCGAUGCUGGAGGCCAAGGCCACGCUCGCCCUGAUCGUCCGGCGGUUCGAGUUCGAGGUCGCGCCGGAGUAUGUGCACGCGCCGACCGACUUCCUGACGCUGCAGCCCAAGUGCGGGCUCCCAAUCCUACUCAAGCUCUUACAUCAGUAAAACAGAUGUGUUUUGAACUGCUACUGCUAGUAGGAGUACAAGAUACAUACAGUAAGUGAUAUGCUCACAGGUGGUUUUGUAUCUUGGAAAGUAAUUUUGGCAACUAGUUGCUUGUGCACGGUGGACAAGGAUUUUGUGCACAUGGGAGUCAGUGCUCUCUUCACUUUUGGAUUUUUGAAAAUUUCAGAUUCUCAUAUUUCUCUGCUUUCAAGAAUUAUGACAUUAAAUAUGUAGAUAGAUGUGUAUAUGAGGAUUGGAAACAAAAAAGUCUCGUCAAAAAAUACGUUAUAUUUUUAGAGAUGCAAAAAAACAAAUUUCUGACAGUACACUGACAAAAUAUACGUACUAUUGUACUACUAUUUAUAGUCAGAAAUUUGUCUUUUUUGUAUUUUCCAAAAUACAAAGUAUUUUUUAAUGGGACUUUUUUGACUACACUCCUCGUGUCUAAAUCUAUCUACAUAUUUAAUGCCAUAAUUUUUGAAAACAUAAAAGAGCGAGGUUUUGAAAAUUUUCAAAAAUCCAAAAGUCCAAGGAGCACUUGUGCUCAUGUGCACAUGGUACU